AACAAGAAUUAACCGUAACACCCGAGGACAAACUUUGCAACAUAGUGGAUCGAGAACUGUCAAGGCACUCAGCACCUUUCAAUAGAGCACCGCCACGACAGAACAAUAGCCUCGUCAAUGUGAUCGCAGCAACGGUAAUACUUCCUGGGCCUGGCGCCCCUGCACUGACGGUUACGUUCCGAGAAAGAAGCUGCUACAACGGUAAAUGGCCACUGGAGGCGGCAGAGUAGGUGGGGUAGACGGCCGCGUCCUCGACAUUCUUGGGAGGACAGGCGGCCUCCUUGUUUCCGCCCCCCAGUUCUUCGCCGAUAGCGAGGACACAAGUUCGGAGGAUGCUGCAGGGCCCUCCCGCAGUGCACCAGCAACAACUGCGUUUGUGGUGUCGGGCCCUGCAGCUGUUGCUGGGCCAAGUGGCCUUACACAGCAACCGCCUACCCUCCAGCAGCCUACCCUCCAGCAGCCACCCUCCCAGCCGACCCCCCAGCCUACCCCACGAGAGCCGCAGCACCACGAGGCCCAUAUGGACGUCCUGCGCCAGCAGCAUAGCAUUCAUAUGGAGGUCCUGCGGUAG